UGAAAUGUCAGCUAAUGUCAAAUUUCAUACAAAUAAAUAUAGAAAAAAAAUCUACUUUUUUGAUUAUUUGCGACUGCAACGUGCAGGUGCAGUAAAAAACGAAUUAAUCAGUUGAUAGUUAGGUAAUUGCGUAGUACGAGUAUUUUACUGGUUUUUUUAGAUAUACAAAGCAGUUCUAGUCAGAUGAAAACAAUUAUUCCUAAAAUAUUAAUAGCCUGUGAACUAUGUCCUUUAUAAUUAUUCCUUUAAAUAGGAGGAUAGGAGUUAGAAACUCCAGUUGCAUAUGGUCAACUAUUAGGCUCUUUUCAUCAGAGACAACAAGCUCAGAUGAACAAGGAGAUGAUAAGAAUUAUGAGGAAGAUAUUCGUAAUAAGAUACUAGAAGCUUCGUUACCUAACGUACCUGAACUAGGAUGGUCCAAAGAAGCGAUAGCCAAAGGCGCACAAGCCGUAGGUUAUCCCGGGGUUACACAUGGGAUGUUUUCUAGAGGAGGUGGAGAUCUACUACACUAUUUUCAAACUAGUUCCAAUUCUAAGUUAGUCCAAUUUUUAAAAAAGUAUAAAGAGGAUAUGAAGGAGAACCCUAUUCCACCGGCCGACUUUGCGGAAAGGGCUAUUCAAGAACGUUUAAAAAUGGUCGGACCGUAUGUAGGAAAAUGGCCACAGGCACUAGCCAUUAUGGCAUUGCCGCCUAACGUACCAAAUUCUUUAGCGACUCUAUUAACAAUGGUCGAUGAUAUUUGUUACUAUGCAGGUGAUAGAUCAGUAGAUCAUAAUUGGUAUUUACGUAGAAUAGGCAUAGCAGGUGUAUAUAAAGCUUCAGAACUGUAUAUGAUUCAAGAUAAGUCAGAGGAAUUUAAAAAUACGUGGGUGUUUCUAAAUAAGAGAUUACUCGAAGCAGUCCAACUGCAGGAUUUAUUGUUAAAGUCAGAAAAUGGUACCCAGAUGGCUAAGGAUACUGUCCAGUCAGUGUUUGUUACAGCCCGCAAUAUAUUAGGAAUCAACUGGAAUAAAUAGGAUAAUGAUGGAGUGAUCAUCAUACCGAAAGUAUUAGGAGUUAAUAUUUUUUAUUGCUUCUCUCGGUAAGAUAUAAAAUUGAAAUUGUGAUUUUUAAUAAAUAAACACACUGUUAGUUUA